CUUUGUAUUCUGAUCAACCUUUGAAAUUGCAUGGCACGACCUGCAAUAAGAGCCCUACAGAGGCCUCUGAUCGAGCAGUCUGCAAGUAGCUUCAACAAUAAUGCUGGUCACAUCCUGCAUAUUCCGCUUCGCAGAUGCAACGAUCAGCCUAUAGCAGGCAAAUGCUGGACCACACCGUCAUGGAGGGAGCUGCAUUCAGCAUCUCAAGUAUAUGAAAACGAGGCCGGUCCUAGCAAUUACAAAAAAGACACAUCUCACGAUAACACCCAGCUUCAAAACAGACAUCGGCCCAAGAAUGAAGCACGAGUGACUCUUCUGAGACGUGAAGUGAAUCAUACUGACACAAGACCAAGCGCGGCAGCAGAAUUGCUUCGCGAGGUUCUAGAAGCAGAGCAAGUAUGGCCCUUGAAAGCAGAUGGAUAUCAGCCAAGAGAAAUUGUCGAAGUGCUUAAUAUUUUGAGAGAUCGACAAAUGAAAGAAGGAAGAUGGCAACGUUUGGAGUUACUACAACACAUUGAAUUCAUUCAUGAUGGCAUACGGAAUUGUCUCCAUAGAGUACGUCAAAAAGCCAAAUCGAAGAUUGUUCGUGAAUCUCAUUCGAGCCAGAUUCAAUUUACAGAGGAGCAUGUGGAGAAGGAUCUAGCCAAUCAGUCCGAUGUAGGAAUGUGGCAAUCUUUACUGAAAUUGAGAGCUUUGAGGGAGCUCUUAUCAGGCUGCCGCCAAGUACCGCUUCGGAUUCCAUCGGUGCGCGAUAAUCUCGAUGUAAUUGAAGCGAUUGCGAACGAUCCCUCUGUGCCGGAUCGGAGGAGCAAGUUUGAAAAGUUAUUGCAAGACAUUGAGCGUGCUAUCCCGCCUUACAAACGUUUAGAAUCUUCCGCUGCUACUGAGCUGUUGGAGGAGACGAAAAUGGAAGAAUUGGCAAUCGACUGGAAAAGUAUAAAUCAGUCACAACGGGAGAAAGGCAGGACGUUUUCUGACAUCCAGAAAGCUUACAAAGAUCGUGAGCUUUCAAAACCUCUAGGAUCGGUAAGAAUGUUUGAAGACGUUUGGAAGGUCAUGCAGACUCACUUGAUACCAACUUCGUCAUGCUACAGCACCGCUUUAGCUGUUGAGAUCAAGCUAGCAACAUGGAGAUCUGCAAAGCUUCGGAAAAGGUCACAAGGGGAAAGAGAUGAACUCGAUCAAGAAGGACGAGAUGAACUCGAGUUAGUGUGGAAGCCGGUGACCGAUCUUCUCGGAGAUCUACAUGCGCGAAGAGAACUACCAAUCAGGAUAAUUAAUCAAGUCAUGUGGAGCACUGUACGUCAUGAUCCAAACCAUUCCUUUCCCAACUUUGAUCAACAUUAUCAGGAGACGGACGCUUCAUCCGCUAAAUUUGUAUGGCCCGCACUCGAUAGUGUAUCGGCAGUAUACGACAUCAUGCGAAAUAUGCUCUUGCAAAGGGAAAGAAUCCUUGCAGCUCCGCAAACUGGAAGUUCUCAGCAGCGUAAAAAGUAUCAAAAGCUGCCUGCGAGAUUGCUCGGCGAUUUGCUUUUGGAAGAUGACCACAUCCCGUCCUCAUGGACGUACAAUUUGAUGUUGCGCUUUUAUUCAAGUAGAGGUGACAUGAAAUCAGUCUUGCAGGUCGUUCAAGAUAUGGAUAAUACCACUAUCGGAGCAAAUAAUGAAUACCCAAAGAUAUCCAUGGUCACCUUUGGAUAUAUCUUUGAUGCAUUCGCAAAGCAUGGUGUACCUUCCCGGUUGGUACAGAUUGAUCGCAAGGCGCCCGAGAAGAGCAUAUGGAGUGUUGAUGAAAAUGUUGGGUAUCAUGACAAAUAUGGUUGGAACAUGGACAAUCUUGAUGUAUUCUAUGAGCGUUUUUUGCUCUUACAUCCCGCUGAAGCUUCUCAGCUCAGCCACAAAGGUAGCGUAAAGGAUACGGAAGCGACUGACACUCAUCCGGUGACUAUCCUUGAUCGUGCCACAUCGCUCAUCCAGGAGCAAAUGGCGUAUCAUGCAGAUACAGUCGCACUAGCACCUUCUUCGCAACAACAAUUUUUCAUCAUAACUGCUUUACGCAGAGUAAGCGGAGAUGAACCUGAAUGGGUUAUCAGCCAAUUUGUUCGUUUGGCUGCAAAAUUUGAUACCAUCUUUUCAGAAAGUGCAUGGGAUGCAAAUGGUUCUCCAAUCAAUGAUGAAGGCUGGACACGGUUCCGAAUGACGAGCAGAAUCGAAAGAAUCAUGGAAAUGCUGUACGAAAUGCGUGAUUCUGAGGAUGAUGAACGAAAGGGGAUGAAGUGGCAAACGAAGUUUCAAGAAGAGAUAAAAGCCAGAGUGAUUGCUAGUCAAGAUGAGAUAGAUUGAUGGGUUAAAUGUGUAUUUUAUGUACAAUAUUAUUGCUUUGCCUCUAAUGAGCUGAAACUUGAUGCGAUUCUGGGGCUUUCCAGCCACCGAAGUGUCUACUCAUAACUGAAUCGGGUGUCUCUUUUUUGGCCUUGGCAACUCUACUCGAUUCUUGAGAUCGUUGAGGAGAUUGACUAGCACUGGAUGGCUUGGAAGAU